AUGAGAUUCUUUCUCACAAUUUAUGUGAUAUUCGUCUAUGUCAUCGAUGUGAUUCAAAGUUUGAAAUGUUAUUCAUGCAGUGGAGGACAUACGUGUGGUAGUUUGUUUUCACCAGAUUCAUCAAACGUUAAAAUAGUAACAUCACCACAUAGAGAAGAAUAUUUCUCUUGUGCAAUAAGUGUAACACCCGAAGGUGUAACAUCACGGCAUGCUAUUCCUUCUCAUGCAUGUCGAAGUUCAUCGCAUCAGUUUUGUUGUAAUCAUGAUCUCUGUAAUUCUUUGCCUUCACCGCCGUUACCCGCAUUGACUGCUCGCAAGUGUGUUCUUGGUAAAUGUGUAAUGGAUGAUGGGAUAUGUGUUGAUGAAGAUGAGCAAAUCACCGUACUGAGUAGCGCGACGGAAUCGUGUUCGAUUACAUCGAGUAAAGGAGUUUAUCAGAAGUCCUUUACACACAAUUGUCAACCAACUGUUAGAGAUCUAACUCGACAUGUUCAUGAAUUGAGUACAAGAUCGUCUGUUAUGUGUUGCAAUUCUCCGGAGUGUAAUCGAGAGAUUUUAACCAAUGCUGUUAAAGGUUCCAGUCUUCAAUGUUACACAUGCGAUUCACGUAUAUCUGGCCUAGCUGGUUGUCAAAUUUUGGAUCCAUCAAGUCCAAAUGUGUACAAAUCAGGAACGUCGAGUCCUUCGGAAUCAUGCGCAACGAUUGUUGGUGUUGAAGGACAAGAUCCUGUAACGAAAAUCAAGUAUCCAGCUUUUGUUAUCCGCACGUUUAUUUCAAAGUGUGUUGAUCAUUCACUGGGCAAAGUUUCUUACGGUGGUGCGACUUUUCACGGUCGUAUUCAAUGUUGCAAAAGUCAUCUAUGCAACAAAGAUACUCUGACUACGAAAAAAUCCCGUGGUGUUCGAUAUACGAGAAAGUUACUUCUGAUUAUGACUAUUGCGAUUGGUUUGCUUGUGGCGACUAUUGUCACCGGACUUAUUUCUUUUAUACUGUAUAGAAAAAGAGUAAGAGAUACGUAUGGUUCACGUGAUACACAAGAUCCUGCUGAAUCGAUAAGUUUAUCGCGAACCAAGUCGCUUCGAGGCACUGCGAAGGAUUAUCCCGAGCAAAGUGCUGUUCCCAUAUGA